AGUACUUCGUACAUGGGAAGACCGGCGUUGUUAGAAUAGUCUCCCCGUCAUUGCUAUCCCGACGUUUCGUAAGAAGCGACUGUGGACUCGGUGUGAAUUCCAUCUUUUCCUUCCAUCUUUAAUACACUUUUCAUUCUAUCUGGGAAAUUUACGCAUAUAGCAUGCUUUAUGAAAUGUUUAUGAAUUAUAAUUGACACUCAUUCGUUUGUUAAAAAUAAAAAUCCUACACAUAUUAUAUUAAAAACAUUACAAUCAGUGAAAAAUGCGCGUUUUAAAAGUAGACCUGCACAGCUUGCACUUGCACCCUGCAUGCCUGCAUCGCGCAUUUUUAACUUUUGCAACAUCUGGCAACACUGCCAUCGCGUCAACAAUCUGUCAAUCUAUUUAUUUAUUUAUGUCGGUAGUCAAAUCAGAAUCUAGCUUGUUUCUACAAUAGAAUUCUAUGAAACCGUACAGAAUUUUUUUAAAUUUAUGACCGAAAUCUUAAUGCAGUUAAUGUAAUACCUCGUAUGUAAUCUAAAAAAUCACCGAAACAGUAUUAUCUACACGUAAAUCGGGAGGACACCAUGAGCGUCAUCAAAAAUAACGGACCUAUUAUGGACCCAGCUCUUUGUAGAUGCUGCAGAGCGAUAAAGAAAUGCAGGGUGUUGACUGCUGAGUACACCUGGAUGGAGAAGAAGGAGGUCUACGCCGACAUGAUCAUGGAUUGCUUUGGAAUACUACUCUCUCACGUGGACGGCAACGAGAGAGACAGCGGGGUGUGCGCGACGUGCGUGGUGCGGCUGCGGGACGCGUGCGCCUUCCGGCUGCAGGUCCUGCAGUGCGAGGAGCUGUUCCUGCACGCCAAGCUGGACGACAAGGACGCUGAAGAUGUGAAGAAGAGCGUGGAGAUGGAGCUGAAAGCGGAGCCCAAGGACGAUGUGAGCGAGCACUCUGGAGCCCCGGACCUCGACGACGGCCUCUCCGUGGAUUACUCCGCUGACGACACUCAAGUUCAUAACAUUGUCGCAGACAUGAAGCUGCCGAAGCCGGAGCCGCGGGCGCGCGGCUCCGGCUCGGACUCGGACGCGCCGCUGCAGCGCCGGAGGAAGAAGAAACACGGGGAGAAGAAGAAGAAAGCGGUGAAGAAGCAGAAGCCUGGCACAUCGAAAACGGAGAAAGCGUUGAAAGUCACCAAGAAAACUCCAAUGGAAAAGCGUAACAACUAUGACAGAGAUUUAGAUUGUAUGUCCGAUGAGAAUCUACUUACAAUCAUACAGUAUUCAUACGUCUGUCCGUUCAAGAACCGAAGGAACAAUUACUACUGCUUCUACUGCAAGGACUACUAUCCGAAACCUGAAGAUUUGAGAGAGCACACAUUGUCCCACGACACUAAACCGUUUCAACUCCUGAUGGGCUACAAGAAGAUGCCCAAACUAGACAUCACAAGAAUCGAUUGCAGAUUGUGUCCAAUGAAAAUCAAUGAUCUGAACGUGUUCAAAGAACACAUAGACCAGGUCCACGGCAAGAAGAUAUACUUUGAAGCGCCGGACAAGAUGUUGCUGUACCGUUUAACGUGGAACGAUUUAGUUUGUGUCAUGUGCAACGAUGUGUUUGAAGAUUUCAACACGUUGAACACACAUAUGGUGGAACAUUUUAGUAACUUUACUUGUGACAUAUGCGGUGUUUGCUUCUUGGAAAAACCUAGGUUAGAUGCUCAUCUGAAGAGGCAUAAUGACGAUGAGAGGCAUACGUGUGAAAUUUGUGGUAAAGUGUUCAAAUCUAAUCAUUACAAAGACAUGCAUGUUGAUGUGGUUCAUAAGAAGAAAGCGAUCAUUCGGUGUCCACGUUGCGAUGAGUGUUUCAUGUCGUACGCGUUGAAGAACAAACAUUUAACCGAAGCGCACGGACAGAAACGGACUUACCCGUGCAAUCUGUGCGAUAAAGUGUACAACAGACAGAAGACUCUAACGGAACAUCAGCGCAGGAAUCACCAGAAAGUGCUGAAACAUCAAUGCGAGUAUUGUGAUCAAAGGUUUUACCUGCCAUCGCGGUUGAAGGAACACAUGGCCACGCACACCGGUGAGAGGAACUUCAGAUGUGAACACUGCGAUAAGAGUUAUCCGAGACUCAAAUCGUUGCAGUACCAUAUACGUACCCACACGAAUGAUAGACGUUACCGCUGCCAUAUAUGUGGACAAGCGUUUAUACAGAAUACCAGUUUAAAGUCCCACAUUAAAAGCCAUCACCCGGAAUGUGAUAUAGACGGAUGCUACUUUUAGUAAAUUUUUGAUCGACGAUCGAAAUAAUAUUGUAGAUCAGUAAUAACCAUAGUUUCUUUUUCUUCUAAUGUUUUGACAAGGCUUCAGUGCACUUUGUGUGACUGAAGUAAGCCUCGUGGGGGAUCUCUAAUAUAAACAGCCUCAUGGGGGAUCUCUAUAAACUUAUAACAAGAUAUAAAUGGAUUUAGUUAACUAUAGUUACCUAUAGCAUUGGAAUGAUUGGCCACAUUAAGAUUUUACGUGAUACAUAACUGCACACCAGCGCCACAAUCAAAUUUUUACCAAUUCCUUCAGUGAAAACUAAAAAAAUGCUCUUUCCAAAUUAUUCUACACUAGACGUCGCCCGUGGCUUCGCUCCCGUGGGAAUUUUGAAAUAAAAUAUAGCCUAUAGCAAUCUUGGAUAUGGUGAAAGAAUUUUUGAAAUCGGUUUGGUAGUUUCGGAGAUUACCCGCUUCAUACAUACAAACUCACAAACGCUUACCUCUUUAUAGUAAUAGUAUAGACUAGAUAAAGGAAUUUAUUGCAAAGCAUUACAGUUUUCCAUCACACAAUGUAACACAGUUCACUAAACGGUGGCCACCACAAUCUUCACAGUAGACUGUGUCUACAUCGUGUAAUGGAAAACUGUAAUACUUUGCAAUGAAGUCCUUUAUCUAGUGUAGAAUAAUUUGGAAAAGAUGAUUUCAGAAAUUAGUCCUUCACGGGCACUUUUUCACGUCACACUCUAUAUUAAAUGAUAUUUACCAAAGCUACAAACUACUGGCAUUUCGUAACGACCACUGCUGAGAAGAAAUGCCUAAAGAAACUCACAGCAGUGCAGUUUUGUAUCAGUCUUAAGAACAUCUUGUCAAUGGAGUUCUUCCCAUCUCUCUCUAUCCUCCAUUUGCCAUUUUGACAUCUAUCUCGCUCCCACCUUUCUUUGGUCCAUAAAAGUCCUUCUUGGCUUUCCUUUUCAUCACUUCGCUUCUAUUAGGUAUUUAAACAGAUGAACAUGUGCUUAGAGUAUAAAUAUAUCAGAUGCCUUUAGGCGACUUGAAUGAAAUCCGACACUAGUGUUAGCAAUAACACAAUCGAAGACAAGAUCAAAAUAAAGUAGGUAUGAAAAGUAUUGCAAAUGAUAGCUUUAAGGAUAAUAAUGAAUAGGCAAUGUAUCUUUUUCAUUCAAAUUUAUUUAUUUCGAAUAGAAAAAUAUUUUUUUUCCGCGAUGACCGUACAUGUCGUGACGUCAUAACACAAACAAUAACCUCUACGACGUAAAGUGUUUGCCUCUGAACCGAGAGGUCCCAGGUUCGAUCCCGGUCGGGUCACGAUGGAAAAUUAUCUUUUUCUGAUUGGCCCGGGCCUUGGAUGUUUAUCUAUAUAUGUAUUUGUUAUAAAAUAUAGUAUCGUUGAGUUAGUAUCCCGUAACACAAGUCUCGAACUUACUUUGGGGCUAGCUCAAUCUGUAAACAAACUCAGUCAUAUUUUUAUAUACAGGGUUACUGGUAUCUAACGCAUAACCUUCCAAAGGCGCAUGAGGUACAUAGAGACUGACAUCUUUUGUUCUACGACUUUUGUCUAAACGUUAUAAAUACAAUAUUUUUCCUUUUUUUAGUUUUAAUGUCGUUUCUAUAAACCAUUAACUCUACGUUCGAUUCCGCUACAUAACGCUACUGUACUGUCUCGUGUUGUUCGGCUAUUACAUACAGUUAACAUGUGUACAAUCGCAAUUUUUUUAUAUUAAAAAAACUACGAAUCACUAAAAGUCGUAGAAUAAAAGUUGCUUGUUUUGAUGUACCCAAGUAGACUUUAGGAGGUUAUAUAUAUAUAUAUUUGUAUAUCUCACUAUCACACACAGACGAUAUCGUUUUGUCAAGUCACUUGACAUAUGUAUAAAUGUAACUUAACGGUUUUUUUUUUUAAAUUAUUUUCAAGGUCAAUCGAUUUUGGACCACACUGGAUUGUAACAUUUGUAAUUUAUAAUAACUAUAAUUAAAUAUUGAUUUUAA